UUUUUUGCUAGGUUAUACACAGAGAAACGUGGACGAAUUUUUUGCGGUUGGAUUUUUUUGAUUUUUUUGUUUGUUUGUACAUUCUUUUCUUCAAAAUUUAAACCUUUUUUCUUUAUUUUUUGCAGGGGAAGGUUUCUUAAAAUGGGGUCUGAUCUAAAGAAUGGUUACAUAUCCAAUCACGAUCACCUUCCUCCACCAGUUAAACUCCUAAAUUUUGAUAUUAGUUCAUGGCCGAAACUCCCACAAUUUUUGGCUAUUUCUUUGGCUGUAUUUUUCUUUUACCUAAUUUAUGGAUAUAUGCAGGAAUUAAUUUUUCGACUUCCCGGAAUGCAACCCUACGGCUGGUACCUUACUUUGAUUCAAUUUAUUAUUUAUAGUGUCCUCUCAUAUUCUGAAAUGUAUUUUAUUGUUGGAAAUGUUGGUAGAAGAAUUCCCUGGAAAGUUUAUUUUCAAAUUUCUUUUUAUACAGUUGCCACUAUGGGGCUUUCAAAUGCUUCUGUCGGUUAUUUGAAUUACCCUACCCAAGUUAUUUUUAAAUGUUGUAAACUUGUCCCUGUUUUAAUUGGGGGAAUUUUAAUUCAAGGAAAGAAAUAUGGAAUUAUUGAUUUAUUGGCAGCCAUUUUAAUGAGUUUUGGCUUAGCUUUAUUUACUUUAGCUGACAGUAAAGUAUCUCCAAAUUUUAAUCCAAAAGGUUAUUUAAUGAUUUCAUUAGCAUUGGUUGCUGAUGCAAUUAUUGGAAAUGUUCAAGAAAAAGCAAUGAAAACUUUUAAUGCUUCGAAUGAGGAAGUGGUUUUGUAUUCUUACUCAAUUGGAACUUGCUUUAUUUUUAUUGGCCUUUUAUUUACUGGACAAUUGCCUAGUUCUUUUUAUUUUUUUGCUAAGCAUCCUGCAGAAACUUAUGGUUAUACUUUAAUUUUGGGAACGGUUGGGUAUUUUGGCGUUAAUCUAGUUCUUACAUUAGUUAGAAUUUCUGGUGCUCUUGUUGCUGUUACUAUAACAACAAUGCGUAAAGCAAUAACUAUUAUUUUUUCUUUUUAUUUAUUUUCAAAACCAUUUACUCAACAAUAUAUUUGGUCAGGCCUUAUUGUUUUAUUAGCAAUUUAUUUAAAUAUUUAUAACAAAAAUAAGCAAUCAUUUGAUUCUUUUUUUGAAAAUAUUUUGACAAAAUUUAAAUUUAAUUUGAAAAAAUAUUUAUCUAAAAAUGAUGAAAAGAAGGAAAUAUUUUUGGAAGUUUAA